CUGGGAUGGACGGGUGACGGCGCCAAGGCGGACAUGGUCGCGUCAGGGCACGACAGAUGCGAUCGGGGCGGAAGCCGAGACGCGCCUCACGUGGGCGCGCAUUCCGUUUUCGUGCCUGCCACCAGCGACCAGCACUCCGUAUGCCCGACUCCGCCGACAACACUACGCCUCAGGCGGGCCCUUCCAGCGACGACCAGUCUACCUUUGAGCAAUGGCGACUCACAUUUGGUGUGAUCACUGGCAUGGGUGUCACAGCUGAGGAGCGCACAGCAGAGCUUGAGCGACACCAAUGGCGGACGUGUGAGAGGUGGAAGAGGUACCUCAUGAACUACAGCCCAGCAGUCGUCUUCAUGCUGAAGCACCUCAGACUCUCCGGGGCUGCUGUGUCAGAGAAAGACGUCCUCUGCGUACCCUGCGACUACACGCGCGCAGGCGGCUUCCACCCAGACGCGGGCGCCGUAAUAAUGUGCCAGGGCAGGUUCUUCAACAAGAAACACAUGGAGGACACCUUGGUGCACGAACUCGUUCACAUGUACGAUCAUGCGAAGUUCAAUGUCGACUGGAGAAACUUGAGACAUCACGCCUGUAGCGAGAUUCGCGCGAGCAGUCUUGGAGGUGAUUGCAGGUUCAGCCGUGAGCUCCGGCGCGGGUUCGUCGCGUUCUCGAAGCAGCAUCAGGCGUGUGUGCGUCGCCGUGCCAUCCUCUCUGUGCGUGCGAACCCUGCAUGUCCGGAUGAGGCGACAGCGGAGCGAGCAGUCAACGAGGUAUGGGAGAGCUGCUUUGCUGACACACGGCCAUUCGACGAGAUCUACUAGACAAGGGAGGCUGAUACGAUUUAUUUGCGACGGACCGCGAGGCCCUGUGCGGUGUGUCUUCUGGCGUGGCAUGGGAUGGCAGCUGAGCUGAGAAGCGGACGCCGCCAGGCGAUAAAUGUUGCCGGGGUUAUUUCUGAGCGUGCGCGUGCGAUCAGCAGCACAGUAUGCCCGCCCUCCUGCUGGAUGUCUCUGGCCGUAGCACGGACGAGUGUCGAAUGUACGUAGAGUAGAGCACGGCGCGGGUAAUCGAGGCAGCCCUGGGCGCGGCUGGCGGGGGAGGUUCCCCGCGCCGAGAAGGCACGUCCGAAAUAGCGCAUGGCUUCGAGGCAGUUCGGCUGGCCUGAUGGGCAGGAUUCCUGAUUUGCUCGGCGGCUGACGCGAGCUCGAAGGUUCGACCAGGCGGGAGGCGCCGCGUGACGCCGGCCAUAAAACCGUGGGCAGGCAACCCGCUGCCCCGUGCAACG